CAUAAGUAUAUAUUUUUUUCUACCGUUGUUGACUUCACGCAAACUACUUUUCGCUCAAUCCUUCAUUUUCUUCAUCUGGGUUCUCUCUGUGUUUGUAACAAUUAAACUAUUUAAGAUAACAAAAUUGAGACAGAAAGAAAAACAAGAAAUGAAGAGAGGAAAGGGUGGUGAUGAUGAGAAAGUGGGACCCAUGUUCCCAAGGCUCCAUGUGAAUGACACAACUGAGAAAGGAGGACCAAGAGCUCCACCCAGGAAUAAGAUGGCACUUUAUGAACAGUUUAGUGUUCCUUUUCAAAGACUCAACCCAAAUUCACAUUCAUCUUCUUCUAAUUCAAUUCCUCUAACAUCUUCAUCCACCAUGGGAAAUGACCUUGAGAGAAGCAACAUCUUCCCAGUUCGCUUACCUUCACAAGCGGACGCACAUCGAGCUAAAAGUUAUAUUUCUCACCAAUCUAAUGGAGCAAACUUGGAUACUUUGUCAACCCAACUUGAACAGGGAAAAAAAGUAGAUGGAGAUGACAGUCGUGCAUAUGAUCACUCAAGGAUUGGUCAAUCUAAUCAUAAAAUGACGAACAGUUUCAAUGGGGAAAAAAUCACUCUUGUAAUUCCAAGUAGACAAAACACAGUAAUAUCUGUCAAAAGUGCAUUGACAGGAGAAAUUAUUGACAGUCGAGUGAGGCAAGGUAAGAAGAUUCCGGAUGAAGAGGAUCAAGAAUGUUCUGUGUCAAAUAUAAACAGGUUUCCUCAGGGUGAUUCUUGUACACGACAGGAAUCCAAUGACAUUGAACAUAGCGAUGGCCUCCUUGACACCGCAAUGGAUAUGGAUAACAGAAACAGCUUUCAUUCUACAGUAGACCGAACCAUGGUACUUGAAGCUGCCAAUGAUACCGAGUAUCAUGAUGCCAACAUUGACAGCCCAAUUCAGAAGGGAAACUCAGAAGGAAGUGGCGAUCUUUCCAAUAUUUCGACUAUAGAAAAUUUGUCAAGCCUGAAACUUUCUCCUGAUGGUGUCGUGCAGAUAUUAGGUCAACAACUUUUUUGGAAAGCAAGACGAAAAAUUACCAAUCAGCAGAGAGCGUUUGCGGUCCAAGUGUUUGAAUUGCACAGACUGAUAAAGGUCCAACAUCUGAUUGCUGGAUCAUCAAAUCUUAUGCUCGACGCUGCUGCUAUUUUGGAAAAAUUUCCUCUGCAGGAAUCUAUUCCUAAAAGUCUCUCAUUGGAAGUUGUUGUUGAAUCUCAGACAAAAAAUCAUAAACAACAAGACCAUUCUGAAAGCCUAAACCAUAGAUUGGAUUGUUCUGCCGAAAAAGGAGUAGAGAAAACAUCGUGUUCAUACCAAAAAUAUGGUAGCCACCUUUCAAAUUACACCCCCUUUUCCGGAAAUUCAGACCAGGCAAAUGUCGGUUCCCAAUAUUUUAAUCAGUCACCUGGACAUCAGUGGUUAAUUCCUGUUAUGUCUCCUUCUGAGGGUCUUGUAUACAAGCCAUAUCCCGGUCCUGGAUAUACUGGAGCCGUGUAUGGAGGAUACAGGCCUUUUGGACAAGGUCCUCCUGAUGUUACAUUCAUGAAUCCUGCCUAUGGAGUUCCAGAUUUUCAUCAAGCAAUUGCGGUGCCACCGUUCAUUCCUCCAGGUGGUUAUCCGUACUUCCCUCCUCAUGGCGUGCCAGCAAUGUAUCAAUCAGCAUCAGUGUCAGCUGUUGAACAGGUAAACCAGUUUUCCGCUCAUGGUUCUCGUAAUCAAAAUGGUACUUCAUCUUUAGAAGAAGCCAAUUUUUACACUCAUAAUCAAAGCUCGUGUAAUUUGACAAAUCAGAAAAAUGGAGCCACAUUACAUGUCAGAAAACCUCAGCCAUCUAGGGAAAGAGAGUUGGAAAGUAGUCCCGGUGAAAAGGCACAAGAAAUAAUAAAAGAGAAAUCUGCUGAAGAAAGAGACACACUUUCUUCUUCCUUUACAGUUCCAAUAGUAUCAAAGGAAGUCCUUAAAUCACUUGAAACAAGACAAAAACCGCAGGUAAUCAGAGUUGUGCCACAUAACCCACGAUCUGCAACAGUAUCAGCUGCUAGAAUUUUUCAGUCGAUCCAAGAAGAGAGAAAACGAUAUGAUCUAGUCUAGUGUUGGUAAUGGCUGUGUAACCUUUGAGUUGAGUUUAUAAAGUGGAUCAAGUUCAUUACUAUUUUUUGCUGUCAUGUAUCAGGCUAUUUUAUUUUACUUUUUGUGCUGACCUAAUUAAAACAUAGUUGAGGGAUUAAAUUGACCGACCCUUACAAUUUCAAGAACUAUAAUGUCAAUUUACUCGUUAGUGUAUUGAAAAAUUUGUGUCUUGUACCAUUAAA